AUGAAUCGGACAUCACCAACAACAAUAGCUUCCAUCACAAUUUGUGUUUGCUUUCAGACUCCAUCGUUACAACAUCGCACCACAACACCAGCCCUGAGCCACCACCACACUGCCUUCGCAACAGCCCAGAACCACCACUAUACCACCACUGUUGCCUAUUUCAUCUGCGUAGUAGGCCUAUUUCAAAGACUUGAGAACACCUUGAACUAUGGACUUGAAAGGGUUUGGGCUGUUGGAUACAUGAAAGGUUCACAUCGGAUUGUUAUUGGCUAUGAUGAAGGAACCAUAAUGGUGAAAAUUGGACGUGAAGAGCCUGUAGCCAGCAUGGACAAUAGUGGAAAAAUUAUAUGGGCUAAACAUAAUGAAAUUCAAACUAUUAACAUCAAGAGUGUGGGAGCUGAUCAUGAGGUUUCUGAUGGAGAGAGGCUGCCUUUAGCAGUUAAAGAACUGGGAACAUGUGAUCUUUAUCCACAAAGCUUGAAGCACAACCCAAAUAGGAGAAAGUAUCACCCGAAAAACAAUGGGCCAAGAGCUCUGGUUAUUCGCCCUCUUAAACAAUCGCCUGGCAAAUCAUCUGCUGAAAAAUUAAAAAACGCAUCUUCUCCAGCACAAACAAACGGUGAUUACACUGGGUUUGCUUCUUCCCCUCCUUUAAAUGGUCGCUCUACGGAAAACGGUAACAGUAAGAUGGAAGAUGGAUUUGACUUUAUCGUUAAAAACAAAGGCAUCAACACUGAGGUGGCUUACCCAUAUCAGGCAACAGAUGGAACCUGCAACACCAAGGAAGAAGCUGUCCAUGCUGCCACCAUUACUGGGUAUGAAAACGUGCCAGCCAACAGUGAAUCCGCAUUGUUACAGGCAGUCGCUAAUCAACCCGUAUCAGUUGCCAUUGAUGCCAGUGGCAUGGGUUUCCAGUUCUAUUCAGGUGGCGUGUUUACUGGGGAUUUUGGAACUGAUCUUGACCAUGGUGUUACAAGCUUGUUGAAUCAAAUGGAGUUAUAUGUGGUUGUGUAUAUACUUGCAAUCUUAGGCUUGGAUAGUCUACAAGGAAUCAUGCUGGAUCAAGGCAGCUGUAUUGAUACAUGUUGUACUUUUUGCAGGAAGGUCACAAGAAUUAUCGGAGCAGGGGUUCAAUAUUAG